AUGCCAGGCAAAUAUGUAGAAAAAAAUUACUGCCACUGUUCUUACUGUGUCAGUCGUCCCGUGAUCACGUGGCACGGCGAUACGAGUGUGCGCUUAGAAACGUUCGAAAAACGGGGACUUGAGCCUCAUUUGUCCUACUCAGUUGAUAAACGCAAACGAUGGCUGUUGUUGGAUGAGCUGCGCGAGGAACUAUCGGAACUGACGAACUCGGAUGGCGCGAUCUUCGUAUCGGAAUGGAAUCCAUACUUCGAAGAGAAAAGCAACAAACUGUUCCACAAUCGUUUGAAUGUAGACAAUGUACUGCGCCCAGGCGGAUCAGCUGAUUUACAUGCGUCUGUUACCCAUGCGGAUCCGAAUUUGAUGUUUAACGCCCAUCCUGAUAUCGAUCGCGGAGGCAAAGUGGUGGGUGUCAUUGAUUCGUCAAUGAAGUCGUCCCGUGAUCACGUGGCACGGCGAUACGAGUGUGCGCUUAGAAACGUUCGAAAAACGGGGCCCCGUUUGCCCUACUCAAUUGACAAACGUAAACGAUGGCUAUUGUUGGAGGAACUGUGUGAGGAAUUAUCGGAAAGGACAAACUCGGAUGACGCCAUCUUCGUAUCGGAAUGGAAUCCAUUCUUUGGACAGAAAAGCAAAAAGCUAUUCCAUAACUGUUUGAGUAUGGACAAUGCAUUGCACACCGAUGUAUCUGGUCAUUUGAAUACAAAAUCCUAUAUCUAUCAAUUACUCCGAUCACAGUACUCGACGCAGAAUGAGUCUUUGUUGUGCACUGAACACUCACUAGCAAAGAAGCGUCACCGAUCCCAUAGAAGCCAUCAUAGGCCUCCGUUGACAAACGAAGUUGUAAGACCCAAAGCGGAAAGAAAAAAAUUGGUGAAAUCAUUUGCGUCAAUUGAACUAGCGGGACCAGUUAAAAUGCCCAAAUUAUGGAUAAAUAUGAAAGCUGCGAUCUGGAUUUCUGUUUUUAGGAAGUUAAGCCAGGUUAUUUAUGAGGAUAUUGAAGAUGCAAAAACUGAAUAUUUCACUACAGGAGAAAAUAUACCGUCAAUAUUUUACGAGGGGGAUCGCGAAAACGAUGCCGAGGACUGUUCACACCAACCGACAAUUCCAUCUCGGGAAUCCAUCAACCCGGUUCGAACAGAUGUCGUGGAAGUACCUGAGCCAUUGCCAAUUCAAAUCACAAAGUCACUCCAAAAUGGCUAUGUACACUCCAACUGGUUUACCGCUCAGAUACCCGAACUCCUGCCAAUUGAUAUCAAGAAUGCAGUUGAAUCGUUUGGAUUGAACCCCGAGGCGAGCGUCAGAUAUCUGUCCUAUUUCACCCCGUUGAUAUGCAUAAUUCGAAUCAGUCCGCUUAUACACCAUCACGAUUCGAACAACAAUGCAUAUAUUUUAGUUGAGGAAAUGAUUGAUCAGACGGAAUCUACUACUCUGGGUAGAAUGUUCACCGUCCAACUUCAUUUCGGGUCAGAUUUGACCAAUGACUAUUUUGUGGUAAACGAGCCGAGUACCGACUGUUCGGAUGAAAUUCGAUUGGGAUUUCGUGAGUGUGAUUUGGCGCAGCGCUUUCAUUUUGACAAUAUACGAGAUCUGAUUUCCCGUGCGAGGCGGACAAUGGUGCAGGAGUCUGUAGAAAAUUUCGAGUAA